AUGGAGAAAAUUAGGGACUCAUCUUUGCCCGAAUGUUUGAGAGAAGGGAAGGAGCCAGAUUGGACUUCAGCAGAUACAAAGCAAGGUAGGACUUCAGUAGACAAAAAGCAAGACCGAAACUUAGCAGAGACAAAGCAAGGUAGGACUUCAGUAGACACAAAGAAAGAUCGAACCUCAGCAGAGACAAAGCAUGACCAAACCUCAGAAGAGGCAAAGAAAAAACAGAGGAGUGACACCCUCGUUAGAAUAAUCUUGUUCAUGGUACUCAUAACACACACACUGCUGAUUCAAUUGACUAUAAGAAUUAAGAAAAUUAAAAAUAUAAAUCACAAACUGAAGGAAGAAAAUAUCAUAUUCAUUUCAGAAAUAAUGAAAUUUUUGAUUUCUACAGUUUUCUAUUUGAAUGAAAAUAAAUUUGAUUUAAAAUUAGUACGAGAAUAUAUGAGUGAUAUUAUAAAGGAAAAAAGGGUAUAUGUAUUAUCUCUAAUUGUGCCUAGCGUUUUAUAUUAUUUUCAAAAUAUCUUUUUUUACAUUUCCAUGUCAAAUAUCCCCACUCCGUUAUUCCAGUUAUUGUAUCAGUUCAGAAUAUUAAUAGUGGUAAUAUUUACCUUUAUAAUUUUAAAAAGGAAAAUAAAAAAAACGCAGUUAAUUUCUAUCAUAUUUCUACUCUUUUCAUUGAUAUGUCUAAAGGAUUACAACAUGAAUUAUAAUUCUCCAAGUGUCGACAUAACAGAUGUAAUGGAAAAUAGGGAUAUUCAUAUUGGAAAUGUUAAAAUGAUGAAUAAUAACAAUACUUCAUUGUAUAAUAUGAAAGGGAAAUCAUUGACUAGUACUCUAUUUGUUUUUUCUCGUUUGUCGAAAAAAAUAAAUAAAAGAAAUGUUCUUUCAAAUAUACUUAACAAUAUUAAUUGUGUGCAUAUCUUACAAAAUUCAGAAAGGAAUCAUUACUAUUAUUAUUAUGGAACAAUAAUAGAUUAUUGCUCCAUUAGAAAUAUCACAGACAAUGUUGAAGCUUCAAAGGUUAGAACACCAACUUGGGAUAAUUAUUUACAUAGGAUUCAAGAGAAUAAUGUGAUUGAGAAAAACAAACAUGAUGAUAACUCUACUAAUUUUGUCAUCUUAAAGAAUAAUUCAUGGAAUAAUAACAUAAUAAUAGGUGUUCUAACAACAUUAUUAGCUACCUUAACUAGUGGAUUUUCAAGCGUUUUUUUAGAAUAUCUCUACAUCAAUUAUAGAUUCUCCAUUUGGUUUCAAAAUAUGUGCUUGGCAUUCUUUACCAUUAUUUUAAGUCUAUGCACAAAUAAUUUGAACAUAUCAGCGAUUUUUAAAAACAUUUCCAAAAAGGAAAAUCAUGAAAUAGAGUUUGUGCAGCACGAACAACGGGAUCAUCAGAAAUGUUCAGUGCAACAAAAGUGGAAACAGAAACACCUAGAUCCACAGCCUCUACUAUAUAAAGUGAACUUUUUUUUUUUUUUUUCAAAAUAUUUCAACUCUUUUAAUGAGUUCCUAUACAUAUUGCUGUUAGUUAUCCUCAACACCUUUGGCGGAAUUAUAACUCCUAUUUUUAUAAAGCAUGUAGGAAGUUUCUCUCGCUUUUUUGUUACCCCCAUUAGUUUGUUGUUUAAUAUAUACAUAUCUUCCAUUUAUUUCAGGGAUUUUGAUUUUACCUUUAAUUAUUUCAUUUCGCUUGUAUUUGUCUCGUUUGCUUUGUAUUUUUACUUCAAGGGGCGCCUGUAA